AUGUCAGGUCCGGCGGUGAACGUGUUAACCACGGUCUUCGGUUUCGCAGCAGCGCCCCCAGCAAAUAAUAAUUUUGUUACAGAUAACAGUUUCUCGUCCGUGUUCGGUAACCAAGACUCCCAACCUGCUGGUGCUCCAGGAACGGCCGGAUCCGUACCGAACCCCUUUAUGUCCGACUUCCCCUCCCUCGGUUCCCAGCCACCGCAGUCAAACGCAGCCGCUUUCGGUCUCUUCGAGCAGGGUGCCGCGGCCGGUGGAGCCGCCCCUGACGGCCAGCAGCAAUCGCAGACCGGAGACCUGUUCAGUGCCGGCGGCCAGGCAGAUCUCUUUGGGAGCGACUCAGCAGUGCUCAGCACCGCGGAGGGAGCCGCUGGGGACGUCGCCGGGGAGACGGCGUCCUCUGCGGCCCUUGCCUCCGGUAAGUCCACUGCCACGCCGCCUCCCAGACCCCCGCCUCCCGCGACAGCGACGAACGGUACACCGAGACCGUCGUCUCCGACUGUUCACGGAGCGGCGACUGGGAAACCGGGUACAGGGACACCCGGGGGAUCGGCCGCCGCUCCCAGCAAGAGCGCGUUCGACGAUCUGAACGAUAGCAUUCGCAUGGCACUGGGCGGGUCUCCGUCACGACCGGCACCCGUCGCUCAACAACAACAAGCCGCGCAACAAGCACAGCAACCUCCGCAACAGGGUUUCGGCAUGUUCGAUAUGGCCGCCAAUAUGCCAGCCACCGGGCAGCCUGUAAUGCCUGGUGGACCCAUGGCCGGCUACGGUAUCCCGACCCAAGUCCCGGCGGGGUACGGUUCCCCGGCGAAGCAGCCCAUUUCAGGUUUUGACAGCAUGGGCUCGGUGCUGAUGCCUACCACUGUACCUGGAGAUAAUAAUAUUUCAGCAGCAGGACAGCAGCCGAACACAACGGCCAGUGGCAAGGUUCUCACCGGGGAUCUGGACAGCAGUCUCGCUAGCCUCGCCCAGAAUCUGACCAUUAACAAGAGCGCGCAGCAACAAGUGAAGGGAAUGCAGUGGAAUUCGCCAAAAAAUGCAGCGAAAGCGGGUGGUCCAGCUGGAUGGACACCCCAGCCGAUGGCUGCCACCACGGGCGCUGGUUACCGUCCAAUGGGUCAAGGAAUGACGCAGCUUCCUCCAACUACCCUGGGCUUCCCUCCCCACUCCGCACCAUUGGGAAUGCAAGGCAUGCCGAUGGGCAUGCAGGGCAUGAGGCCAAUGAUGAGCACAAUGCCUGGAGGUCCCGGUGGCAUGAUGGUUGCAGGAGGAGCUGCGCCAAUGAUGAUGGCCAACGCGAAUCCCAUGAUGGGUGCUAAUAUUCAGCAGCAACAACCCCAGCAACAACCUCAGCAGCAACACCCCCAGGCUGCUGCACAGCCACAAAAUAAUGCAGUUCAACUAGAUCCGUUUGGUGCUCUGUGAAGAGAUUAGGUAUCUAUUCCCCUUGUAGAGAAAAGUACCUGUGGCGAAACUGGGGACCUCUCUUGGUUCCAUUCAAAUAUUCUAUAACGGUUUGUUCCUUUAUUCUUACGUGUAGUUGUACAAUUUGUCCACAUAAAAGUAGGAAAUGUUAAACGUAGUCUCUCAAAUAUAGUUGAGACUGAAUUUUUCUUGUCGGGGAACAAGUUUGUAGCCAACGGUAGGUCUCCAGCAUCUUGGACUUUGACUUCCUGAUUUUUGACAGAGCAAUUACUUAGUAACGAGAAUGGCAUAGGAAAUUAAUUUCCUUCAAACAACUGUCGAUGAACUCUUGUAAACUUGAAAGAUACUAUUCUACAACGUAUACUGUAAUUAACGACGCUCAUGUGUGAUUAAUACGGAACGUAGCAUGACUGUGUUAAUUAGUACAAAAGCAUCUACCACUUUAAUGCUUAAAUUUCAAACAUGCCAGUUUACGACACUGUAUUUCAUUCUUUGUAAAGCAGGAAUGGUUCUCUUUAAAUUCUCAGUAACAAUGGUGACAGUUAGAGGUCAUGACGCUUCCUUUGAAAUGAAGUCUAGACGCAGCGACUAAUUUAUCGUAGACUACUACCUUUUCAGAAUGAUCUGAAAUGGUUGAGAAUCAGUUUUGUAAUCAAUUACUUUGUAUGCAAGGCACACGUCUAAUAACGCACAGUUCUCUUCAGAAUAUGCUCAUAGUCUCUAAUAUACUCAUCUACUAUAAUACCAAUAACACCAGUUUCUUAUUAACAUAAGUAUGCACCUCAAAAUGGCGUCAUUGAUUUUUCGUGGAUACGUAAACACGUGAAAUAAUCUAGAAAGAGAUAAGUCAGAUUUUAGGUUGCAUAAAAGGUGUCAAGGUAUGUGCACUUACGCAGAAUGAAAUUAUAAUAUUAUUAUGACAAUUGUAGAAUAUAUUCAAUAUACAUUAUGUAUGUUUUCUAUGUAUUGUAUAAUAUAAAUGCAUAAACACA